AUGCUGGGGACACUACGAGUUUGCGUGAAAGAGCAUGUGGAGCACUUGAGGAUUGUGCCGCAAAUCUUGAAGGAGCGAAAGUUGUACGCUAAGUUGUCAAAGUGCGAGUUCUGGAAGGAGGAAGUAAAGUUCUUAGGCCACGUGGUGAGUAAAGGAAGAAUAUCGGUGGAUCCUUAUAAGGUAGAAGCGGUGAUGGAAUGGGAAAGACCGACGACUGUGACGAAAGUCAAGAGCUUUUUGGGUUUAGCCGAAUAUUACCGAAGAUUUAUCAAAGGAUUUUCCUGGAUUGCGCUACCAAUGACAAAGUUGACAAGGAAAGAAGUGCCAUUCGUGUGGACGUCGGAGUGCGAAGCGAGUUUUUAG